AUGGAACCAGAUGUAUUUAUUAAUUUGUGCGAGGCACUUAAGGUAUAUGGUAAACUGGAACACUCAUGUUAUCUGACUGUCCAAGAGCAAGUUUGUAUAUUUUUGCUAACAAUUGGUCACAACGAACGAAUUCAUGUUGUCCAAGAGCGAUUCCAACAUUCUGGGCAGACCAUCUCCAAAUACUUCAACCGAGUCUUGAAGGCAGUGUGUAGGCUUGGUAAACAAGUUAUAAGGCCUCCAGAUUUUGAUAAGGUGCCUGCAGAAAUUCGACAUAAUCCACGUUUCUAUCCUUUUUUUAAGGAUUGUGUUGGAGCAAUUGAUGGUACCCACAUAUCUGCAAGGGUGCCAGCAUCAGAGCAAAUACCAUAUCGGGCCGGUUGGGAGGGCAUUGCAAAUGAUUCAAGAGUGUUCAUUAAAACUGUACAUGAUCCAGCAAAUUUAUUUCCAAUGCCACCAACAGAUAAAUACUAUGUUAUCGACUCGGGUUAUACAAAUAUGCCUGGCUUUUUAUCGCCAUAUUGUGGUGAGAGGUACCAUCUAAAUGAGUUUCGUAAUCAACGUCGACAACCAAGAAACAAGAAGCAAAUGUUCAAUUACCGACACUCCUCACUGCGCAAUGUGAUUGAGAGAUGCUUCGGUGUCUUGAAGGCUCGUUUUCCAAUUUUGAGAGACAUGUCUCCAUAUUCAACUAAGACGCAGAGAUACAUCCAGAUUGCAUGUUGUACAAUACACAACUGGAUAAGAAUACAUUCUCAAAGUGACACAUUGUUCGCUGAAUGGGCCAAUCCAGAUCGUAUCGUUGAAGAUGAUGGGCCUAGUGGAGGUGGUAGUGGCAGCUCGACAUAUGGAGGAAGUAGUUCUCAGCAACCAAUUGACUUAGACAUUAGUCAACCUCAACUAUGUCACAUGUCUGAUGUAAGGAAUCAAAUUGCUAGUCAAAUUUGGGAAUCUAUUGAAAACAAUUGA